AUGUCUGUAUCUCUCUUUGCAAGACCAGUAUCUGAUGUCGAAAUCUCUGAGGAAGAGGGAAAGACUAGAGUUGCGUCGUUGAGGAAGAAAGCAAUGAAUGCCUCUGCUAGGUUCAGAAAAUCUUUGUCCAAAAGGGGUAGAAGAAGCAGUAAAGUCUUGUCUGUCGAAAUUGAGGAUGUGCACGACUCUGUGGAGUUACAAGCUGUGGACUCAUUGCGCCAGGCACUUAUAUUGGAGGAGCUUCUUCCUUCCAAGCACGAUGAUUAUCAUAUGAUGCUCAGAUUCUUGAAGGCCAGAAAAUUUGAUAUCGAGAAAACCAAGCAAAUGUGGUCUGACAUGCUCGAGUGGAGGAAGGAAUUCGGUGCUGACACAAUUAUGGAGGAUUUUGAAUUCAAGGAACACAGUGAAGUCUUGCAACACUAUCCCCAAGGACAUCAUGGAGUAGACAAGGAUGGACAACCUGUGUAUAUUGAGAGAAUAGGGCAAGUAGAUGUGACCAAGCUGAUGCAAGCCACAACCAUGGACCGCUAUGUGAAAUACCAUGUCCGGGAGUUUGAAAGGACAUUUUCUGUUAAGUUCCCAGCUUGCUCAAUUGCAGCAAAGAAGCACAUUGACCAAAGCACAACGAUCCUCGAUGUGCAAGGAGUGGGACUUAAAAAUUUCAAUAAAGCUGCCAGGGAUCUUAUUGCUCGCCUUCAGAAGAUUGACGGUGACAAUUACCCUGAGACCUUGAAUCGCAUGUUUAUCAUCAAUGCUGGUCCUGGUUUUAGAAUGCUGUGGAACACCGUGAAGUCCUUCAUUGAUCCCAAGACAACGGCAAAGAUAAAUGUCCUUGGCAAUAAGUAUCAGAGCAAGCUACUUGAAAUAAUUGAUGCUAGUGAGCUGCCCGAGUUCUUAGGUGGUACAUGUACUUGUGCUGAUCAAGGAGGUUGUAUGCGUUCUGAUAAGGGCCCCUGGAAAAAGCCAGAGAUAAUGCAGAUGGUCCAAAAUGGUGAUCAUAAAUGUUCAAGAAAAUCUGGAAUUCAAGAACGUAACACAGCUCCAACUCUAGCUGAUAAGCGACCUUUCUCUCCUAGAUUUACAAUGGAGCAUAUCGAGUAUCCAGGACUUUCUCGCUUUCAGGAAGAAGCAUCCAUAGCGAAAAAUCUCCAUGAAUCUUACAAGUGCAAGGAACAUGUCUCAAUGGUUGGUAAAACUGUGGAUUCAAGUUGGCAAAUGGCAGGGAGCAGCAACUUUGCCCUAUCAAAGGGUUCAUCAUCUAAGAACAUAGGAGAUUGUUUUUCCAGGGAUGAUGCUUGCAAAGUUCCUGAUGGGUUCGGCUCUCAGAUUUUGGCUGCUGUUAUGGCGUUUGUUAUGGGAAUAGUCACCAUGGUCAGACUGACGCGUAACAUGCCAAAGAAGCUCACUGAUUCCACCUUCUACUCCAGCACUGUUUGUGAUGGUGACACAAUGAUCAAAACCCAGGGGCCUUCAUACCCUGCCAUCUCUGGUACAGAUCUCAUGUCUGUCAUGAAGCGCAUGGCUGAACUGGAAGAGAGAAUGAGCAUGCUGAGUGUGAAACCAGCUACCGUGCCGGCUGAGAAGGACAGAAUGCUGAAAACUGCUUUAGGCCGGGUUGAUGCCUUGGAGCAAGAGCUCAUGGCAACAAAGCAGGCUCUGGAGGAGUCGCUUACCCGGCAAGACGAGCUCUUGGGAAGUCUUGACAAAAAAAAGAAGAAGAAGAAGAAUAAGAUCAAUAAGAAAAUGGGUUGUAAAAGAGGUGGGAGCCAAGGUCACCUUGCACCUGGCUCUAGUUAUGCCCGUGCUAAUGAUAAAGGAGGGAUCUGCAUAACUACAUGCCCCUUGUCUCCACGACCUGAGAAUCUCUCUCUGAUUAAUGUUGCUCGCCAAGUAUUGAGAAGAAAAAAAAUGGCAACUUUAGUUGAGCCUCCAGAUGGAAUUAGGCAACGGGGGAAGCAUUAUUACUCAAUGUGGCAAACAUUGUUUGAGGUUGACACCAAGUACGUUCCGAUCAAACCCAUAGGGCGAGGAGCAUAUGGCAUAGUGUGCUCAUCCAUCAAUAGGGCAACAAAUGAGAAAGUUGCAAUCAAGAAGAUCAAUAAUGUGUUUGAGAACCGAAUCGAUGCAUUGAGGACUCUGAGGGAGUUGAAGCUUCUUAGGCAUAUCCGGCACGAGAAUGUGAUUGCUUUGAAGGAUGUUAUGAUGCCUAUCCACAGGACAAGUUUCAAGGAUGUGUAUUUUGUUUAUGAGCUCAUGGAUACAGAUCUUCAUCAAAUUAUAAAGUCCUCUCAACCACUUUCCAGUGACCAUUGCAAAUACUUUCUAUUUCAGUUGCUUCGAGGGCUCAAGUAUCUUCACUCAGCAAACAUCCUUCACCGGGACUUGAAGCCUGGAAACCUGCUCAUCAAUGCUAACUGUGACUUAAAAAUAUGUGAUUUUGGGUUGGCCCGAACCAGUGGAGGUACUGGCCAAUUCAUGACAGAGUAUGUUGUCACUCGCUGGUAUCGUGCACCAGAGCUGCUAUUGUGCUGUGACAAUUAUGGAACAUCCAUUGACGUCUGGUCCGUAGGAUGCAUCUUUGCUGAGAUUCUUGGUCGGAAACCAAUCUUCCCUGGAACUGAAUGCCUCAACCAACUAAAACUAAUUAUCAAUGUUCUUGGUAGCCAGCAUGAACCUGAUCUUGCAUUCAUUGACAAUCCGAAAGCCAGGAAGUACAUCAAAUCACUGCCCUAUUCUAGGGGAACACAUUUUUCCCGUCUAUACCCCCAAGCUGAUCCGUUAGCUAUAGACUUGUUGCAAAGGAUGCUUGUGUUUGAUCCAACUAAGAGAAUCUCUGUCACAGAAGCACUCCAACACCCUUACAUGUCAGGGUUAUAUGAUCCAAGAUGCAAUCCUCCUGCCCAGGUUCCGAUCAACCUCGACAUAGAUGAGAAUUUAGCGGAACCAAUGAUUAGGGAGAUGAUGUGGCAUGAGAUGCUUCACUACCACCCAGAAGCUGCUUUUGUGAAUGCCUAG